CAAGAAACACAAACGUCGGCUUUAGGAGUGAGGUGGCUGCCUCUGCCAUAGAUGGGCUUGAAUGGAAGUAGAAAGUUACAUGUUAGAAACAUAUGGUACUAAACUUUAUCUAGAAUGAAUGGAACAGCCUACUCCAACUUUGAUAAUCAAGAACACAUCCUCAAAUUGGGAGAGACGUUUGAGAAACAACCUAAAAGCGCAUUCCACACGGUUCGAUAUGACUUCAAACCAGCCUCCAUUGACACCACAUGUGAGGGGGAGUUAGAGGUUGGCAAAGGGGAGCAAGUAACCAUCACACUGCCAAACCUUGAGGGCUCCACGGCUCCUGUGACUGUGUUCAAAGGCUCCAAAAGGCCGUACAUGAAGGAAUGCAUUCUCAUAGUCAACCAUGACACCGGCGAGUACCGCCUGGAGAAGCUUAACAGCAACAUAGCUGUGAAGAAGACCAGGGCGGAGGGCAGCAGUAAGAUCCAGUCGCGGCUCGACCAGCAGACGAGUCGUCUGAGCCAGCAGCUGAAGCCUGGGGGGAGCAGCAAGGCCUCGUCCAGCUCCAAGAGCUCCCCUCCGAAGGAGAAGCUCUCCCCUGCCUCCCCCAUGGACGACAUCGAGAGAGAGUUGAUGGCGGAGGCGCGAGUGAUGGAUCAGAUGAGCAGUGGCGACAGCUCUUCCGACUCCCGAAGCUCCUCCUCCUCCAGUGACAGCUCCAGCUCUAGCGGCAGCGAAUCGGAGGACGAGGGACGCAGAGGCCAGCCCCCAGCCGCGCCCCCUCACCAGGGCAUGCCCAUCCUCACCACCACCACCACGUCCUCUUCCUCCUCUCACAUGCGGCCGGAGGAAGGUGGUGGCCAUCUCAUGAGCACGCUCAAGAACGACCUGCAACUGAGCGAGUCUGGUAGCGAGAGUGACGACGACUGACUUGCCUCUGCCCACACUGAGCAAGACCACUGCCUGCAGUAUAUACGAAGCCAAUGUACCGGAUAACAGCCGACUCUGAACGGAACUGCACCGAAUCGGGUCCGGAUUUGGCCCAGAUAUGGUGCUGAAUCCGGCCUUAUCUUUUUCAGAGUCUGCUGUUAUUUCGAAUGCAGGAGGAGGAAUCCCGCUUGAUGUGUCAAGUUUAAAUGGAAAAUCUUCUAUGUAGCUAGGAAUGGGGAACCUCCCCACCUGCAAUCUGUUAAUGUUGUUCAUGUUGUUAUUGUUGUUGUUGGUUUCUCUCUCAAAGCAUCAGUAUUUAUUUUGCGUAAACAUGUUUUGAAUCUUUAGACGAGACUGGGACGAGAAGUGGCGAUAAAUUUCCUAUUAGAGAAUGGCAAAGUUUAUUUUUGUUCAAUAGCUUAAUCUUCUAAAUGGACGCUUUGUAAUUUUAAUUUAAUUUCCUCCUUUGGUAUGAAAUGUAGGCCUUGUUUCCCAUACAUGGAUUAUGUCCCCAGACUUAAAAAAAAUCUAUGAAAAUCCUCAUUGAAAAAAAAUCUAGUUUAGGACCAGACUUAAUGCAUCCAAGGGAAACAUGCCGAUGGUGUCCACCACCAAAUCCCUCUUAAUCUUAAUUUUGUUGGUAGAUAUCUCCAGAUUUUAGAUAUACAGUAGGUGCUGUUGUUGCGCCAUGAUGAAGUUGUGAGUUUAUCAUCUCAUUUGAAGGUAUGGGUAGAAAAGUAGUCUGACUAGGCUGUUCACAGUCAUCCUAAAGUAAUUUAUCGUUAGACUAAUGAAUGGCCAAGUUCAAUGUAGUGCUCAAUGAUCUAGCAAACAUAUCAAGGCUUGCCUUUGAAAGAGCCAAUGCGUUUACUUGAAAUGGAUUAGUUUAUCAGUCAGAAUUAAUUUCAUAUGCAAAAUAUUAAUUUCAUAUGCAGUUCACAGCUGUGAACCUGUCAACUUAUUACGAAGACCACACUUAGCCGCCUUAAACCUGCAAUACUUGAAUGUGUCUGUCUUACUGCAGUUCCGAAACUUUCAAAAAGACCAACAUGCUGCUGAUUGGUGCACCCCUCAGGCCUCGUCUGGCUUGCCGUAGGGUGAUGAGCGUCUCUUGUGUGUGAUGGUCAGAAAUGUUUAGCUGUGGAGUCUUAAACGCACUACAGUACAGUAUGCCUUGACCGCUUUCUCUCUCUUUUUUUUUUUUUUUGCAAUUCAUCUUCAAACCUUUCAAAUCCAACCUUCUAUUUCUCUCUCUCUCUCUCUCUCUCUCUCUCUUUUCUCUCUGCUUUCUCUCACACUCUCAUUCACUCAACUGCGUUCUCUCUGUUUGUGAUGUUUGUCUCUCUGCUGACUGGUUUUUCUCCUUUUUUGUCUGUUUACUGCUGGGUUACUGUUUGCCACGCUGGAGCUCUCUCUCUGUUUAGAUAGCCAAGCCAGGUGUUUGUUUACUUGGGUAAAGUAGCUGUCUGGAGAAUGAGGUGGGGUCGGGCAGGGAGAGUUAUCAGAGCGUGUGCCCUGCCAACCACAGACGGGCUUACUGCUGCUUCUCCAAUGGCUCUAUGAUGAGAAUUUAAUGAAAGUUAUUCAUGCUGGAAAAUAAAUAUUUAAAUUCUUUUGCCAAAA